AUGGGAGAUAUGGUAGAUCCAGUCUUCAACAAACUGAUGGAACCAGCACUAGUCCUGAGCCCCAUCAACCACGACAUCGCUACAAAACACAGCCCACUGCCCGAAACCUCCCCCAGCACGAACAGCACAGAGCCAGGGGCCUUCCCUUGUCCAGCCAUGGCAACAAGCUCGGAACAAAGUGGCUUUUACCAUUCACAGCACGCGUCCCAGUCUGAACAUAGGGGUACACAGUGUGAAACUGACCACCUUCUCGCUCUGCAGGAGGAGAACACUGACCUCCAACAGAACCUGCUGCAGACGGUCGUGUGCAUCGAGAACCUGGAGGCUGAGCUACAGCGCACCAGAGAGGAGCUGGCCCACGUGAAAGACAAGUAUAAAAGCCUUCUAGAAUCACACAGUGGGACACAACAAGCCAAUCACCUCCUCCAGGACCAUCUUCAUUCAGAGGCACAAACCCUGAGCAGUGAAAGGCAGCACAUGUUCGCCCGUGUGGCCCAGUUAAGCGCAGAGCUGGAGGAGGCUCACAAGACCAUAGCAGCCCUGGAGAACAUAAAUGUGCCGAGUUUGAUGAAAGAGUUAUUGGAGAAGCACUUAUUUUGUUCUGCUGCUGACAUCAGUGCUGUUUUCUCCAACAACAUUCCUGCUGGUUUAGAGACAGGAGCACCAGUGUGUGAACAAGCACUGGCCACAACUACAGCUGACGCACAAUUACCAAGUGUCCAACCAACCACUGCGACAAGUGACAAGUGCAGUGGUCAGGAGAAGGUGAAGCUGGUUCUGGAUGAGCCAGCUGUGACGGCCAUGUCAGCACAGCAGAUCCUCAACGAGUUUGUGCUGCAGCUGUGGGCCCAGAAAGAGGCCGACCAAGACAAGGAGGCAUGA